AUGAUGGUUCUGAAAGUAGAAGAGCUGGUUACAGGGAAGAAGAAUGGCAGUGGGGACGCUGGGGAGUUCCUUCCUGAGGAUUUCAGAGAUGGAGAGUAUGAAGCUGCUGUCACUUUAGAGAAGCAAGAUGACCUGAAAACACUUCCAGCCCACUUUGUGAGCCUGCGGGAGCAACAGUGGAAAACUGAGAAACAGCGAGAGGCAGAGCUCAAGAAGAAAAAACUAGAACAAAGAUCAAAGCUUGAAAAUUUAGAAGACCUUGAAAUCAUCAUUCAACUGAAGAAAAGGAAAAAAUACAGGAAAACUAAAGUUCCAGUUGUGAAGGAACCUGAACCCGAAAUCAUCACAGAACCUGUGGAUGUGCCUAGUUUUCUGAAGGCUGCCCUGGAGAAUAAACUGCCAGUAGUAGAAAAAUUCUUGUCAGACAAGAACAAUCCAGAUGUCUGUGAUGAGUAUAAACGGACAGCUCUUCAUAGAGCAUGCUUAGAAGGACAUUUGGCAAUUGUGGAGAAGUUAAUAGAAGCUGGAGCCCAGAUUGAAUUCCGUGAUAUGCUUGAAUCCACAGCCAUUCACUGGGCAAGCCGCGGAGGAAACCUGGAUGUCUUAAAACUGUUGCUGAACAAAGGAGCAAAAAUCAGUGCACGGGAUAAGUUGCUCAGCACGGCGCUGCACGUGGCGGUGAGGACCGGCCACUACGAGUGCGCAGAGCAUAUCAUCGCCUGCGAGGCGGAACUCAACGCCAAGGACCGAGAAGGAGAUACCCCCCUGCAUGACGCCGUGAGGCUGAACCGGUACAAGAUGAUCAGACUCCUGAUCAUGUAUGGCGCCGACCUCAACAUCAAGAACUGUGCUGGGAAGACCCCGAUAGAUCUGGUGCUACAGUGGCAGAAUGGAACCAAAGCAAUAUUUGACAGCCUCAAAGAGAACUCCUACAAAGCCUCUCGCAUAGAGACAUUCUGA